CGCGGCGGUGGCCCGGGGUGCGCGCCAGGGCGUCUCACGGAUCCCGGGUCCCCGGCCCUCGAGGCGAAGCGCCCGCGGGGUCCGCGGCGGGGGCGGUGCCCGGCCAGCCAUGAGCUCUCCGCCGCCCGCCCGCAAGGGCUUUUACCGCCAGGAGGUGACCAAGACGGCCUGGGAGGUGCGCGCCGUGUACCAGGACCUGCAGCCCGUAGGCUCGGGCGCCUAUGGCGCCGUGUGCUCGGCGGUGGACAGCCGCACGGGCGCCAAGGUGGCCAUAAAGAAGCUGUACCGGCCCUUCCAGUCCGAGCUGUUCGCCAAGCGCGCCUACCGCGAGCUGCGCCUGCUCAAGCACAUGCGCCAUGAGAACGUAAUUGGGCUGCUGGAUGUGUUCACACCCAAUGAGACCCUGGAUGAUUUCACAGACUUUUACCUGGUGAUGCCGUUCAUGGGCACCGACCUGGGGAAGCUCAUGAAGCACGAGAAGCUGAGUGAGGACCGAAUCCAGUUCCUCGUCUACCAGAUGCUCAAGGGGCUGAAGUACAUCCAUGCUGCUGGCAUCAUCCACAGGGACCUGAAGCCCGGCAACCUGGCCGUGAACGAGGACUGUGAGCUCAAGAUCCUGGACUUUGGCCUGGCCCGGCAGGCAGAUAGCGAGAUGACUGGGUACGUGGUGACCCGGUGGUACCGGGCGCCUGAGGUCAUCUUGAAUUGGAUGCACUACACACAGACGGUGGACAUCUGGUCAGUGGGCUGCAUCAUGGCUGAGAUGAUCACAGGGGAGACGCUCUUCAAAGGCAGCGACCACCUGGACCAGCUGAAGGAGAUCAUGAAGGUGACGGGGACGCCUCCCGCCGAGUUCGUGCAGAGGCUGCAGAGUGCCGAGGCUCAGAACUACAUGAACGGCCUCCCCGAGCUAGAGAAAAAGGAUUUUGCCGCCAUCCUGACCAACGCAAGCCCUCUGGCCGUGAACCUCCUGGAGAAGAUGCUGGUGCUGGAUGCGGAGCGGCGGGUGACGGCGGCCAAGGCGCUGACCCACCCCUACUUCGAGUCGCUCCACGACACGGAGGACGAGCCCAAAGCCCAAAAGUACGAUGAAUCCUUUGAUGACGUGGACCGCACGCUGGAAGAGUGGAAGCGACCCCUCCUACCUGGACAGCUGCACACCCCUCGUCCUGCCAGCAGGAUCAGGCCCACUCCAGGCAGUCCAUAGCACCUCCCCCUUCCUCACUACCCCUCGCCCGCCCCCUCUAGCCCCACUGAGCACUUGAGACCUCCCUCUACCUGUGCUCUGCGUCUCCAGGCUUUGCAUUGGCCUGGAAACCGAGGGCCCCUCUCUUCUUCUCUGAGGGCUCCCGACACCUCAGCCUGAGGCUGGGCUCAGGGACGCCUGCCCAGUCCCCGGGCCUCCCUCUGCUGGGGCCCUGACGCCCCAUGCUGGAACGGGCCUUGUCUAGCUCCACCCUGGCAUGGCAGGCAUCUUCUCUCGGUGGCUGCGGGACCCGCCUGGGGGAGCAGGGACGUCUGAGGGCAGCAGUCAGCGCCGACGGAGCUGUGGCACUGGUCGCCACUGUCCUAGACCCCAUCCUGGCUGUGCCUCAGACCUGGGGCCGCGGUCCUGGGUGUGGGGGGUAGAGGUGGGGCUGGACGGGUUGUGCUUCUCAAACCACAUUCUUCAGGGUCAUCGGGGAGUCCCAGCAGCGGCCCUGCCCUUAUCUGUGCUGUGUUUUGUGCUUGUAAGUUCUCUGUUGCUAGAAAGAUAACAAGAAAACCGAAAACCAUGGGCCACAGGAUCCUCUCUGCGGUCUCCGCCACAAACUGUAGUAAGAGCUUUUGCUUUUUACUACAGACCGUGGUGGACAUGUGGUCUGUUUGUGGUUGAGCCCCUGGUCAGGAAUGCAAACUCAUCACCUCCUGUUUCCCCGGGAAAAGCCAGCUUUACAGCAAGGACCUCUCUAUACAAACCUUCCCUGUGUGGAUGGCCCCCUGCACCCGGGUUAGAUGAGGGCCUGGGAGGCACCUCACGGGGUAGCGAUACAACUGUGCCGUGUGCUGGGCAAACCACACAGACCACCUGCUCUAAAGGCACAGUCCUUCCUGAACUGGGCUUGUGGAGUACCAGUGGUCCCCCAAAGGCGUGUUCCUGUGGCCAGGUGAGCGUGCGCACCCUGGGGUAGGUGGAGCGGAACCGUCCUCUUGCAGGCUGGUCAGAGGGGAGGCGGGGCAGCGCCCCCCUUCCUUUGGGACGGCUUGCUCUGGGCCAGGUUCAGGAAACGUGAGCACCGGCGAGGAAGCUGGAUGCUGCAGGUAGUUGGUGGGAAUUCCACACUCGUUUAUUAAUUAAUUUCUGGCUGCAUUGGGUCUUCGUUGCUGGGUCUUAGUUGCUGCGCGCAGGCUUUCUCUAGUUGCGGCGAGCAGGGGCUACUCUUCGUUGCAUUGCGAGGGCUUCUGAUCGCGGUGGCUUCUCGUUGCAGAGCUUGGGCUCUAGGCGCGUGGGUUUCAGUAGUUGUGGCACGUGGGCUCAGUAGUUGUGGCUCGCGGGCUCUAGAGUGCAGGCUCAGUAGUUGUGGCGCAUGGGCUUUGUUGCUCCGCGGCAUGUGGGAUCUUCCCGGACCAGAGGUCGAACCCGUGUCCCCUGCAGUGGCAGGCGGGUUCCCAACCACUGCGCCGCCAGGGCGGCCCCCAUACUCGUUUCAUAGACGUUCUGGAUCCAGAAGCUGCGGUGUGCCCUGGUGGGACCCUGAGCAACUCCACUCAAGUGAACACAUUGGUUUACAUUCCUCAGAUGUCCUCUGUUCACUGAGGCAGGCUGUGGAGCCAAGGCCACCCUAGGGGCCGUGGGUGUGGGUUACAGGAGCCCUGUCAGGGUGGACAGUCCCUGUGGAUGGACACAGGUGGACUUGCACAUGUGGGACAAAGGAGCCCACCUGGUGCCUGAACCCCAGCGGUGGUCUCUGACCCUGUUAAUUUGGGGGACGGGCAGGCCCCCUAGUUCAGUGACUAACAGCCUGUGCUCUGGGCCUCCGCUCUCCACCCCCACCCCAAGUGGAAUCUCAUGGGACUUAACGCUGGUCCCCGCGAGCACCAGUGAGCUGGGCCCAGUGCUUCGUCUUGGUCACUGGCGUCCAUCCUUGGUGUGCACUGUGGAGCUGUCUUAACAGGUGAUGGGCCCCUUCUCCCAUGACUCUGUCCCUCUCAUCCUG